ACAUUUAUUUAUAGACAUUUUCAUUUUAGAUGUUUUCGCUUUAGCACUUUUUCAUUUCACCAGUAGUAGUCAUCGAACGAAGUGCGAUUACAGCUAAAGCGAUUUGGAGCUAUAUCAAUGAACUCCUUCCUUUUAAAAAACAUAGUUUUAAUUUGUCUAAUAUGGUGCUUUCGGGGUCAAAUUGCAAGUGUCAGUAGCAAUCAUCCCGGACUAUCUCUGCCGUUUCAUUCUAUUAGUGCAGAACAUGUUUCCAAAGAAUUUUAUUAUGCUAUCGAAAGAUCCGAUAAAAGUAAAGAAAAACUGCAACAAAAACUUCACAAUUUUUUUGAAAAUCUACAAAAAAAUUUUUCUAUGUCAACAGUGCUUAGUGAUUUGAGAAAAAAAGAAACGAGUGCAGAAAAUUAUAUAGUUAGGAUGCAAGAAUUAGUAACCUUUUUUUACGAAGCUUCAGACGUUUUUGGAGAGUUUUCAAAAGAUGUAGAAAAAUUUUAUGACAUAUCAAAAUACUCAAGUCACGCAUUAUUGUUAAAGCUACGUCAAAUCCCAACAGCUCAACCUAAAUAUGUUAAGGUUUUACUAACAAACUACUUUUCGGAAAUGGAGUUCUUUCAUAUGAUGUUUUCUGAGGUUGUUAACGAUGCCUUAGAAUAUACUAUAGGCACAUUAACCGCCAUUCAGAAAAUAUUUUUUUAUUAUGCUGAAACACAAAGCACUAUUCUUCAUAAUUGGAAACUGAAACUUGAUCUGGAAUGCCGUAAACUAUUUGUAGAUUUUUUAAAGCAUCAUUCAGCUAAGCUAUUUGAGUGUGCUGCAGGUAAUAACCUUGAGCUCACAUAUGACAUAUAUGCCGUGACAAAGCUUAACGUCAAAUUUAUUAUGAAACAGCUUGAAUUUCGUAUUCAGCGUCUCUUUAAUUGUUUUAUAUUUGGAAGUUAUGCAAUACAAUGUACAUUUCUCAAUAAUGCAGAUCGUGACUUUGAAAAUCUUUUUAGCAAACUUGCAGAAUUAGACAUGUAUUUGGAUAUUAAAACAAAAAUGGGCAGGGUUUCGGUAUUGAGACGUCGUCGAGAAAGUGAUGCUGUUCAAUUCACUGAAGAUGUUCCUACUCUUGUAAAUUGCUUAUCAAAUGACUUCCCCCAAAAUGAUAUAUCAAAUAGUCUCAAGGAUUGUUAUUAUGUUAUUUAA